AUGGGCGUAUGUAUGAGCAUGAACUCCAUGUUGACGGAGAUUGAAACAAAGGCAGAGAGCAACUUCCUGGAGUCCCGCCUGAGAGUUAUUCACAACCACACUUCAUCAGCAGAUCAAAACGAAGUUUCUUAUUGGUUGGGUGGAAAUGAUAUUGAAAUAGAGGGGGUAUUUAAGUGGGUGAAAUCUGACGCACCAUUGACAUUCACGGAUUGGAAUCCAGGACAACCUGAUGACGCUAAAGGCGAGGACUGUAUGGAGCUUAGGGGAGAUUUCCAUUACCACUGGAAUGAUCUUCCUUGCACCAUUCCUCACCACUUUAUCUGUGAAUCAUCAGCGUUUGAAGCGCCUAUCAUAGGAAAGUGA